AUUUAAAUAAUGACUAUUAAAUUUAUCGUAAAAAGUUAAUUAUUUAUAAAAAAAAUCCCCUCAUUAAUUUUGUUCAUAUAAAAAAUAAAUAUGUUAAAAUCUCAAGGAGAAUUUGUAAAUCCUAUAGAAGAUUCCAAAGUGAGUUUAAACAAAGUAUUUGAACUUUCUUCAUUACUACCGGAUAUAAAAACCUAUCAGGCCGCACUAAAUCAUGAAAACAGCAAAUGGCCUAUUCUUAUAAACAAUCACACGCGUAUACGUUCUAAAACCUGCAUAAAACUUUCCUCACCUAAGUCCAAACAUAAACGAAAGAAAACUUCGGUUUCAAUGAAACUGGCUACAGUUACCCGACCCGAUAUUUUGCAUUCCUAUUUGUCCUAUAGUGAAAUCUUACAAUAUUUUGAUUACAUUAAAAUACGUUUUAUGGAUUUUGUUAAAAUCCAUACUCUGGGCACAACAUUUGAACGUAGAUCUAUUAAAUGCAUUGAAAUCAAUUGGAAUAAUGAAAAGGCUAAAGAAAAUCGUGCUCGCUCUGCUCCCAUAAAUUAUAUGGAACUUAAACUGUUGGAGGAAAAUUCUCCCAACAAUGGUCGCAAUAUUGUUUUUAUUGAGGGAGGUACACAUGCUCGAGAAUGGCUGUCUGUAACGGUAGCUUUGAAUUGUAUUUACCAAUUGACGGAGAAGAAUGUUAGACAUCGUGAUUUGUUGCGUAAAUUAAAAUUCUAUAUUGUACCGGUGGUCAAUCCAGAUGGUUAUGAAUAUGCUCGGAAUUUUAAUCCACGAUGGCGUAAAAAUCGUCGUCCCACUGCAAAUGGCGAUUAUAUUGGUACCGAUUGUAAUCGUAAUUUUGACUUUCAUUGGGAUGUUAAUCGAGCAAAAGCCAAACGUAACACUUAUCAAGGAGAUAAACCCUUUUCGGAACAUGAAACCAAGGCCGUAGCAGCAAUACUACACAGUUUAGCACCAGGACUAUUGUUCUUUUUGUCUUUACAUUCGUAUGCACAAAGUAUAAUGUAUCCCUGGGGUUAUAGCAAAUCGUUACCAAAAAAUGCUAAACUAAUGGAAAGUGUGGCUAUUGCUGGACGCAAUGCCAUUAAAGCCUUAAGUGGUCGUUAUUAUCGUGUUGGUAGUAUAUCACAUAUAACUAAACGUCAUAUAGCGGGUUCGGUAGUGGAUUAUGCUUAUGGAGCGGUUAAAAUACCUUUAACACUGGUCAUGGAAUUGCCUUCAAGUGAGUAUGGUUUUCAGCCACCUGCAGAUAAAAUAUAUCCUCUGGGAAUGGAAAGUUGGCAUGGCAUAAGAGAAAUGUGCAAAAAGGCCUAUAGUUUGAAAACACAAAUCGAGGAGGAAGAAAUUAUGAACGGAACAAAAGAUGAAAGUUCAGCUAUUGAGACAAAAGAAGACAAAAGCGAAGAUAAAACGGUACAAAAGCAAACUAAAGUUAAAAAUCAAAAACUUAUUUCAAAACAAUUAAGCAACAACAAAAGUAAUAAGUUAAAGUUAAAUAAUGCAAAAAAUCGUUUAACCGAAGGUAUUAUAACUUCAAUUUCAGACGUAAAAUUUUAGUUAAAUAUAUAAGAAAAACAAAAAUUACAAUUUUUUUACUUUUUAAUUAAUAGUUUAAUUUGUAAAUAAUAUAAUGGUAAAUACAUACAUAAAUGAGAUGUGUUUAUUACAUAAAUACCAAACAAACGAAAAUAAUAGAUGAAAAUAAAUGUUUUUUUUUUUGUAUUCUUAGGAUUUCAUUACAAACUAUAUUAAAACUACUUUUCCUUAACAUUCACAUUUUACAAUUUUGCACGUAUUAUGUGAAGUUUGUUUGUGUGUGUAUAUGUAUGGGUAUAUUUAUUGUAUUUUGUUCUUGAAACAAUGAAAUCAUUGAAUGGGAAUAUAAUAAUAAAAAUAAAAAAUUCUGUUAUAAAAAA